ACAAUUUGCUCGGCACCGUCAAGAACACCUGUCUACUCGUAUCAUUCCUCGUACGCGUAACGAUCGUAGUUCAAUCGAACAGUAUCAUAGAUCAUGUCCGCUCCUGUCGUUGCAGAGUUCUCCUCCAUCUUGGAGGGCCUGCUCGCCAUGAAGGCCCCCGGUGUCUCCGGAACAAAGAUCGGCGCUUUGACGCAAAUUGCUGUACAAAAUAUCAAGGAAGCUCCUGGUAUCAUCAAUGCUCUCACCAUCCAUCUCCGCCGAACACCCGGCACACACAAACUAGGCUCUCUCUAUGUGGUAGACUCUGUCGCCCGUGCCUACCAAGACUUCGCUCGUAAGAGCCCGGCAGAUGAACAUGCAUUCCUUGCUGGCCUUAACUUGAUCGCCGACAAUAUCUAUAAUAUUAUGAAUGACGCCGUCCAGGCUGCUCCUGAGAAAGAUAAGGAAAAGAUCAGGAAGUUGGUAGACAUUUGGGAAAAGGCAGCAACGUUCUCGCCAGAAGUUCUAAAUGCUAUUCGCGCGCAGAGCUUUGGAGGUAGCACCACACCACCCGGACCUCCUCCGACUCACCUUGCUCAGGCUGCACCGACUGCCGCUCCCGUGGUUCCUCAAGCUUCUGCGUCUGCUUCGGCGGCGACUCCGGUGCCAAAUGCUCAGAACACAGAUGCGGCCUCCGUGUUGGCCAUGCUUGCGAACAUUGCCAAGCAAAACACUGCUGCUGCUGCUGCUCCGGCCGCUGCACCCGCACCCGCACCCGCACCCGCACCUGUUCUUCCGCUUCCGCCGGUACAGGCUCCAACCACUGCUACUCCUCAACCUACAGCAAGCGCUGACCCUAGGUUCAACAUGAUUCCCACGGUCCAACACGCCGCGCCUGCUAAUGUCGCGCUGCCCGCACCUUCAGCCCAUCCUAUGCCAGCCGCCAUGCCUGGCCUUGACCCGCAACAGCUUGCCUUGUUGCAGCUACUUUCAACGCAACCCCAGCUCGCUGCUACCCUUCUCCAGAAUGCAGGCGGCGCUGCUCCGUCGAAUCCCGUGGCCAUGCCAUGGCAGCAACCAUCAUCUUCCGGACCUGGUCCCAGGGAUGAUGCUCUUCGUUCUCGCUCCAGGUCUCCGGGAUACCGGGGUGGCCCACGUGACCGCUCACCCGCUCGCCGGGGUCGCAGCCCCUCCUACGACAAUUAUGGGCGUCGCGCAGGAGCUAGGGACAGGAGUCCCAUGGGCCGUAGGUCCCGCAGUCGUUCGCCGCAAAGAAGGAGAAGUCCUCCUGGGUACGGACGGGAGCGCUCACCCCAGCGGAACACCGGAGGUGGACCACCGGAUCAGCCCAAGAACACGAAGGGUCAUCUGGUCCAGCCCGACCCCACCAUCAGUCCCAGUGAAAUCAAGGUGCUCAGCCGCACUCUCUUCGUCGGUGGUCUUACACAUUCCGUGUCUGAGAGUGAGUUGAAAGACCUGUUUGGCAGGUAUGGUGCGGUACAGAGUGUUAUCUGUAACCACGACAAACGCCAUGCUUUCGUCAAGCUAUACGAACGUCCUAACGCGGAGGCGGCAAAGAGUGCCAUGGAGGUGUACCAGCAUGGCGAUACCACGUUGAGGACACGAUGGGGUGUCGGGUUUGGACCCCGCGAUUGCAGCGACUAUGCUACGGGUGUCAGUGUUAUCCCCUUGGGACGUCUUACUGAUGCCGACAGGCGCUGGCUUCAGAGUGCCGAAUAUGGAGGAACUGGUGGUAAGCCUAUCACGGGUGGUAUCAUUGUCGAGGAACCGGAUAUCGAGAUUGGUGCUGGUGUAUCAUCCAAGGCCAUCUCUAAGAAGAUGCCGACCAGGAGGGAUAGGGACAGGGAAUACGAGUCUGAGAGGCGUGACCGUGAUUACGGGGCACCCAGGCGCGAUGAUCCGUACGGUGGAGCUAGGGACAUGGGAGCGAUGAUGCAGCAGGGCGGUAUGAUGCCUUGGAUGAUGCCUCAGAACGGCGGAUUCCCUGGACAGGCUCCCCCUGGGUACCCUCAGGCUUUUUCACCUGCGCCUGGUACUGGAGGUUAUCCCGGCUACGGAUACCCUGGUCAGCCGGAUCAACAGGGAGGAGCUCCCUGGCAGUAG